CGCGGCGGAGCUGCUCCACAGAAUGGACGCGGACGAGGAGCCGACACGGACUUAACCCACUUCACUGAGCAGGAUACUGAGCCCACUGCCCCCUUCCCCCCGAACACUGUCCUCACACAACACCGAGGUCCGGCUGGGUGGUUGCUUUUCUCCUAGUGCCCUCGUAUGGACGAUGAGGAGGAUGAUGUCUUUGAGCCAGACCCCCACUGCUGGCGCACCCCCUUCAGGGAUAUAAAGUGUGAAGACCGGGGCACUCAGACACCUGGCCCGGGCCUGGCACUGCACAACGGCAUGCUGCCGUGUGGAGUCGCAGAUGAGCCCAGACCACUCUUCUACGGCAACGCAGGUUUUCGAUUGCACUUCCCGGCACACUUUGAGCUUUUUGGGGAUCAGGAAGCGAGGCGGCAAGAAAGCCAAGAGGAGCGAAACGGGAUGGAGCAGCUUCCCCGGCAGCAGCAGCCUGUGGCGCACAGUGUGGAGGCCUGCAUAGGCCAGAAACUCCAGCUGAUAGGAGACCAGUUUCACCGGGAACACCUACAACUGUAUCAUCGAAACCAAAGGAAUCGGGGGCCGCUGUGGUGGCGCCUUGCCGCGGCUCUGCUCAGCCUUCUGUUUGACAGGGGGCUCUUCGCCGGAGGAGGUGGAGCAGUCCGGAGGUGAGGGGAUGUCUUCCUCUUGCGUCCCUUUACUUCAUCUCUAUGAGGAACUGGACUCCUAAUGGCACUGUCGAAUCUAACACGGGUCUGUUUUUUGGGGGGCGAAAGAAUGGAGACAAAAGGUCACCGCGGGACGGAGACAACCAACUUUUAUAAAAGAAAAGGUUGUGUAAUUUUUUUUUCUUUCCAAGAAGAUGCCAUGAUUCUCCGAGAUUCCUCUACAGGACAAUGUUCAUAUUUUCAUAUACGUGUGGCGUAUUGGUUUUGUACAGUACUUCGUUCUUGUUAAAUUUUUUGCACUUCAACAUGUAUCCAUCUUAAAUGACCUCCACAGACCCUGGGAAAGCCUUAUUCAAUGUCUUCUGCCAGAGAGAGUAUUGAGCAAUUACGACAGGCGAGAUGAGAUGGUUACGGAAUGUGGUGUGAGGUUUAUUUUUUUCUUUCUUUUCGAAGAUUCCCAGGUGAUCAGUCAAGUUGAUUUACUAAUUUUCCAAAGAGGCAACUUCUCAGAACAAAGCAUUUUGCACCCCACCUCAAUGGAACAUUUUCUCUUUUAAUUUUCUUUUACUUUUUUCUUUGUUUUCUUUGUCCCCCAUCCACUUCAGAGUAGCGCUAAGUUUGAAUAUCAUCCCUCAGCAACCUUCAAAACAUUGGAAACAAAGGAAAGUUUACGCACAUGACUAAGUCAGCACACCAGUAACUGUGAUCUAAAUAAUAUGUUCAGAGGAAGAAUUCAUUAGUCAUUUGCUACAUGUCAAACCAUUAGGUCAUUAGGUUGUAAAAAAGUUUCGGGGUGGAGUCUCGAACAUCACCCACUGGUCUAACAAGCCUGGUGACUGCCAGCAAACCUGUCCACAACAACAGACUCAAAGAAAAGACGCUGUUAUCACAAUUAGGAAACAGUGGUGGAAAGUAACUGAGUUCAGUUAUGAGGUAGAUGUACUUUACUUAAGGAUUUCAAUAUUAUUCUACUUUAAAAGUUCACUACUUCUUAGUAGUAGAAGUGCUUGUUUCACAGCUUUAGUUUCUGGCUGGUUUUAAUAUGGAGAUGUUACACAAUUAAUAAUAUAACAUUUAAAAUAAAAUAAAAAAUUUACGUUAAACUGAAAUUUUUAUUCUGAAGUCUUCAAAAAGUUGAUGUGUUGCCACAUUUAAGUUAUUUUUUAAUUUCAACAUAUGUUCAAAUGAUCGGUUAUCUCACCAAAAUAAGAUACAAAUUAAAAAGUAAAAGUAGAAAAUAGGAUAAGAUAAAACUUUUAUGCUACUUCUUUCCUUUCCCAUUAACCAGCUGAUAUAGAGAUGUGUGACUUUUAGAUUGACCAUGUUCAUAAAACUGUACAUAAAGCUACACCAGUAACAUGCGGCUUCAAUAUUAAUACUGUAAUGAUAUCAAACAACAUAAUAUAGACCAAAACCACAAUUUCAUUUCUUUUACUACACUGUGCUGCUUAUUCUGUUUACUUAAGUAGCAUUAAUGUAUUGCAUCCAAAUAAAGUAGCUGAAAACCUCUUCCACCACUGAGGACUAAUGAUACUGCAAACAAAUAUAUUUAGUAAAAAACCUGUUGUUAGCUAUAAUUAAUAGGUUUUACAUCAAUUUAUAAGAACUUUAUUCCCGUAGGAAUCAGACAUAGUUCAUUUGGUUUUCACAUUGAUUCCCGGUUUUCAAUGGGUGUCUGUUACUGUACAAUGCAGAGGUAGGUACAUUUAAUGCAUAUGAAUUAGCUAUCUGUUAUUCAGUGAUGUCCUGUGGACACUGAACAGAUAUUUAGAUUCAAGUUGAGGUGUGCUGUCUUUUUUGUGCGAAAAACUUUUGAAGCACUGUCCAUUAAAUUAUAAUAUUAGAGGAUUUAGUUGUUUGAGCAAAGUAACAUUUGAUUUCCCCAAAUUAACACAACCGGGAUAUUUUGACCAAGUCUGCCUUCAUGAUUUUUUUCCCCCUUUAGUUUUAGCUGUGUUCUUUUCAUGUGAUUGUUUUCGGACCUCCAUGCCCUUGAAGUGGAGCUGUGGAUCCACUGUUUUUGCACUAGACUUUUCACCCUUCAAGAGCUCAGAUUGUUACCAGGCUAACCUCUGUCUUGCAUGAAGGUUUUUCUGUUACGACUCCUCUUCAUGCCACAACAUUUCAGACUUACUCAUUCGCAUGUCCAAUCAAUUUCCGAGAUCCGGCUUAACACAGUCUGGAAUCUGGAUUGGACUCACAAAGUUCACGCACCAACCCUUUCGGGCUACAACAUCGCCACCUGCCUCGGUUGAAAGGUUUUCAAAGUUCGGGGUUGCUUUACAACGCCUGUGCGUGUUCUGAACACCAAACAAUGCUCCAUAUUCAAUCUGUGAAACAGAAUCUCCCCCCUCAGGCAACCUGUACAGGCUUUUUACAUCAUGUAAUAUCCUGACGGGUGAUCUUAUAUUGUGUUUGGUGCUUAGAACCAGAUUGGGGACAUUUUCUUUUAAUAUACUCAGUAUAACCACCACUGACUCAGCAGACAACCAGUCUCUGAAAUGAAACAAAAGUGAAAAAGACUGUAAUUAUUUUUGAAUUAUGAAUAUGUUUAAAGACACUGUUGAAGAUGCUGUUUGUUGUAUGUUUUCCAUUGCUGAACCCUGGCCAAUGUUUGGACCCGAGGAGCAGUACAUAUCAGGGGUCUGUAAUUACUUGCUCCUUACAAUGUGUCAAGUUUAUCACUGCAUAAUUAGGGUUUCCUCUCAUUUUCUUAAAGAUGUCUCAGGGACAGACUUUGUGGGCUACUGGUAACCUUGAGAAUCUGUUACACGUUUGGAAGGAGAGCUGCGUUUUUCACCCGUUUAUUUAUGGCGAACCCCCUCCCCCCCCGGGCGUUUCGUCAACCCUUCAUUUCAUUUCAGUUUAAAAUGAGCAAUGUCGCAGCACACACAAUAUACAAGGGUACAGUUUGACUUAGGAGUCUGAGGCUGACUUGUUGACUGUGGUGGUGACGGGGGGCUGCUGAGCAUGUAGUGAAUAGGCGUGUGAGGUGCACUGAAUGUGGUUGUGGUUAUAGUUUCCUGCGGAUCGUGAACGCUGAGCCAGUCCCCGUAGUUCCCCCGUCUCACCACUGGCUCUUGACUUCCUCUGUGCUGCUCCUUCAUUACAUGGAUGUUGUUCAUCGGCUCAUUUUACUUUGUAAUUUAUUUCAUUUUCUUUCUUAUUUAUUUUUUUGUAUAUCCUUGCCCAUUUCUACUGUAUACACUUGUGUGUGCAUUACUUCAAAUUUUCUGUUGCUUAGUUGUUUUACUUUGGUCUCUGACUUGUAUGUGCUUCAUGUGAUAUGACCCCAAAAUCUACUUUUUUUUUGUGAUAAUCUUCCUGUGUAGGUUUAAGGCUGUAACAAGGUUGUAGCUAUGGUCACUUUAAAUUCAUAUUGGUACUUUUGGAAAGCGUAGUACCCACAAUGCAUUUACAACGACCAUAGUUGACAACAUCAAGCCUCUUACAGUCACCUGCCAAGCUUGCAGGCCUGCAGAGUGUUGAACAAGCUGCUUUCAGACAGUCACUGAAGUCGGGAUGUUCUCCUGAAAUGUUCCUGGAGGGUCUACGUGUGAGAAUGUGUCUGAGUCAGUCGCUCUGGACAUUUUCCUCCCACCAGCCCCCCCACACUCAAAUUUCAGGAAAAUGUCAGAGUGAGCCGAUGUAAGAAUACAACAGGAAUGUGUCUGGAAAAUUCAAAAUAAGAGACAAAACUGGACCCGUAGAUAUAUCUCAGGAUGAAAAAGAGGUGCAAUACACAUUAAAAGACAUAGACAAUGAUUUCUUAAUUUGACAAUGACAUUUGAGAGCUUUUGGCGAUACUGGCCUGUGCUGUUGUCGCGAGGUAAAAAAAAACGAAUGACAUCAUGCAUGCUCUCUCCAGGCGCCACCCCUCGCCAGAACGUUUUGGACAUUUUCCUGUUGUUGUAAACGCAUCUGACUCAGACAAGGCAAACCACGGAAAAUAACCAGACCUGAUUUAAUGUACAUUUUCUGUAAAUGUCACGUCUGAAAGCAGCUCUAUAUUUUUUACUUAAAAAAGAGGAUUUUGGGUUCAGUAUUGUGAUUUCCCAGAGAUGAGCCCAACUAAUUCGGCCCUUUUGUCAUCAUCUCCCACAGCUUGAUUCACCAGUCGUCAUGGUCACAUUCACAAUAUGUUGUUUAGCAAAGCAGCGGCAUCAACACAGUUUAACCUCUGAAUGAGUCAUUCAACCCCCCCCCCCCCCCCUGAUAGUGACACAGACGUCAUUGGAAGUGCUUCAAAUCACACAUGUAAAAAACAGGUUGCCUUCAUAUUCCUCUCAAGUCACAGGGCGUUAAUGUUUGUGUUCGAUUCUUUAAAUCUUGAUCAUUGUGUUGUAAUCAACAUGCACUGGAAAGUACUUUGUAUCUAGAGAUCCCAUGGGACCUUUAUAUGUCGUGUGUUAAUGUAUAGUAUACACUCUGGAUUGUUUUCUUGGGCUAAUCUUGCCGUGUGUCAGCCGUCUAUCUGUGACCAACUGGCUCAGGAUCGAUGGCCUGUUUGAUCUUAUUGGAAAGGGAUACAAGCCACCGUGGUGCCCUGUAUGUUAGGUUGAGGUUCCCAAACUGCACUCACCACAUGACAUGUGAGUGUGGGGAAUCCCUAGAGUGGGAUACAUAUUUUAUGGAAACCGCAGUGUCUUGAAUUUUUGUAGUCCACUUUAUAUAAAUUUGAAGUUUUUGAGGAAGGUUUUGAUUUUGACAUUUUUUUUAAAUGGUAACAUUUCUUCUUCAUUGUCUUUCUUAACUUUUUUAAAAUGUAUUUUCUUAAGAAAAAAAAGGGUCUGCUUUUAUAAGAACAGUUCAUAUGUGUAAGAUGAUUUUUAAUAUGAGUAGAAUCCUUUUGAAGUUCAUGAGAUCAAGGGCAUUUUUUAAUGAAAAAAUGAACUUGCAACAUUCCUUGCACAUCUCAUUGCCGUGUAUAAACGAAGCCAAGCAAACCAAAAUAUUUCAUGGUUAUUGUUGAUUUGGCUCAGGAGCUUAUAGCUAUGAAAUAUCUGCCCUUCUUACAGAACAGAUAAUGUGUACAUGUAUUUCUAAAAACCCUGGAAUAUGCCUUUAACUGCUCAGUUUCAGAAAAGUCUUGAUUAUCACACACUCUCUGUACACCAAGAAACGAGACCCAGCGAAAAUGUAGCAUUUUUGUAAACAUUGACUGUGUGUUGUCGAGACUCUACUGUGCACUCAUUUUUGUGUGUUUAUAUAUACUUUUGGUUGUUGAUAUAAUAUGGAAGUAAAGACAAUUUGUUAUGUAGUGCAAUAUGCUGUACAUACGGAGCUUUGCUCUACAAAUCUUUUUUUCUCCUGGAUUUCUUGUUGUUUAUUGGUACUUUUUUCAAUAAAAUUUUAUUGAAGGUUUCAA